UCAUGGCCUACCUUUCUGAUGAGGAACUUCGUCGGCAGCUGAAAUCGUUUGGAUUUUGCCCAGGUCCAAUCUCAGAUAGUACACGAAAGCUAUACCAAAACAAACUCCAGAAGCUGUGUUCAGAGGACAGAAGCAAGGCGCGGAGCUACUGGACGCCACGAGCGCAGAAGCAGGCGUUUAAUUACACGGAGCAGCCGUAUGACAGCCUGAGACAGGUGCGGGCUAACAGCUCUAGUCCCCUUCACAAGACUCGCUCCCGCAUUCGAACCCGUACUCGUACAAGGACUCCCUCUUUUCAAGGCGACAGUGAUGAAUCGGAGGAAGAGUACGAGCAACAAUCCUGGCGGUAUACGACUAAUGCCGAACCUCUCCGGAGGCCCGAUUGGCAGGAACGCUGUCAAAACGCAGCUCGGCGUAAUGUGUUUUUGGAGCGUCAACUUUCGAGAUGUCUGGUUGCCUGUACCAUAGGGUUGGCCGUUUUACUGGUAUGGCUUGUCUACGUGAAGACCGUGGGUUUAGCUCAGAUUGGAGAUGUAAACAAAAACAUUCAGUUGUUGGCGGUGGACUGCAAGGGAAAAAAAGACUCGUUUUGUGCAGCAGAAGAAAACAGGCUUCAAAUGCAGUUACUGUCCAAAUUGUACAACUUUCUUGCUGAGGUGGCAGGCGAUUUGCUGUGUGGCAAUCCUUCAAAACUGAAGAACAAAUGUGUUUGCUUAGAUGAUAUCAAAACUUACUUUUCUGUUUUUUACCCAGAGUACUUGGAUAGAAUGGAUGAUUCUCUUCUUACAGUCUUACAAAGCCGUAAAGACUUUGGCAUACGCCUUGUAGGAGAAGAUGUGAAUGCACCUGUCACAGCUGUUGAAGAGAUUCACUGCUUAGAGUCUACCCAUCCUUCUAUGAGUCUAUGGUGUAGACUACAACGAGCAGUCGUCAUUGUGGUUAGCAGACUGUUUAUAUUUAUGUUAGCUCUUUUGGUCUUAUGGGGUGUCCUUGUUCUUCUUCGUUAUCGCUGGAAAAAAUUGGAGGAAGAGGAUCAAGCCAUGUAUGAACUGGUUAGAAAGAUUAUAGGAGCUGUCAGAGAUCAUUAUAAAGACUGGGAUCAAGGCCUGGAGCCCAUUCCCUAUGUUCCAAUACCUCAUAUUAGAGAUACCCUUAUUCCACCACAAAACAGACGGCGGAUGAGAGGAAUUUGGGAUAAAGCUGUAGAAUUUUUAGCUUCAAACGAGUCACGAAUUCGAACAGAAACUCAUCGAAUUGCAGGGGAGGAUUUUCUGGUAUGGCGGUGGACUCAGCCCUCGGAGAUAUCGGACUCCAGCUAGCAAAAGUAAAACCACCAUUGGACUCCUUUUAAGUACUCUAUGAGGGAAGACUGAUUGAUUUAUGGGACAAAAAUAAUGAGCUAACUUCUUUCUUUUUAUAUAAUGAGAAAUUUUCCAAAAAAAUUCACAGUGUCAUCAACACAAACUGAGGAUACUUUUUUUGUUAUACAAUCUGUUUAUUUAUUGGUAAAAAGCACUAAUGUUUUUUUUUUUUAAUCUCCAUUGAGAGUUGCGGGUGUGUUCUCUUGUUCUGAUGUACUGUUCACUUAGUAUCAAACGGCUACAUUUAGGUUGUGCCGUCUGUCCCGUUGACAAGGACUAUACACCGUCUUAAUGUCGUCUGGGGUAGUCGUCUUGUACAACUUCACACCAUUUAAUUCAACACGCAGUAUUGUAAUGCUUAAGACAGCAACCUGAAAACGGGAUAAAUCAGGCAAAUGUUUCAAAGUACGAAACCGCCAGUUUAUUUUCUAUUUAACCUAUUUUGCCUUUUACUAUAUAUAGGAUAAUUUCUUUUGUUUAAAAACAUCAUAUAUUAGAAUGUGUGGUAGAAAAUGCAGUUAACUCUUUAUUUAAAUUGUUAUAUUUGUUAAAUGAAAGUUGAAAGCAGUUUACAAAAAUAAGAGAUGAUUUGCUUGGCAUUGUGCCAUCUGUUUCUUUGUGUUUUAGCUAUGUUAAUAAUCUUUAAAAUGAAAAACUUCCUUUUUUAAAAAAGAACAAAGCGACACUUGUUUUGAGUGGUCUUAAACACUGAGCAAUUUUAUUUCUACAAAAUGUGACUGGAUGAACGCAUUUUUAAAAAAUUCUUAUUAGAAAUUCUGUAAAUAAUUUUGAAUAGUGCAGCUGAAAAUGUUUACAAUAAAUGAAAGGUGUGUGUGUGUGCGCUUUGACUGCACAUGGCCUCCGUUCCUCUUUGAGGUUGGUGUCCUCGUGCAUGACAUGUACAGAAUUUAGGACAGGUUGAGGUAUUUUUCAGGAAACUUGCAAGUGGCAGUCAUUUUUUUGUUUUUUAAAAUCUUUCUAAUGUGAUAUCUCUGAUUUUUAUCUGGGAUAUAAUCUUCUCUAUGUUGCUGAAUCGUAGUCAUUUUGGAUUGAAUUUCACAUGACAUUUUGGAUUAAGCAAGUUUGAGAAUGUUAAGCUAUUCAGGUGGCUACAAAUAAUAUAAAAGUGCAUGGUUUUAUUAAGCAUGGUACUCUAGUACUGAAAGAAAAUUCUGAUUGCGUGAAAUGUUCUUGCCUGCAUCUCUGUUUGUAAAACAGCCAUUCACUUAGCUGGAAGGUGUGCCGCCAUGUGAAAUGAUCACAAUUUACAGAAUCUGUAAACAUUUAAGUAAAUCUUAACUGUUUUGAAUUUGUGAUUCAAACAUUUGUUUCACUGAUGUACUGCAAUGUUUUUUGGUUUUUAAAUUAUCUGACAUGUUUAUAGAAAUCGGAUGUACAAACAUUAAAUAAUGUUGUUUAUUAUAUUGUA